CACACACACACACACAAACGAAGCUGGCGGGCAGAGCAGUGGCGCCCAUCCUCUCUCUCAGUGCGACUCCUCCGAGGGAUCAGGAGUAGACUAAGUCAAACUUCCAGCAGCUUAAGAUUUGUGCGCAACCUUUGAAGGAUCCAAGUCGUCAAGUCUAUUCUUUCUGGUUUCAUGUGUUCACCAACGCUGCAGACCAGGGGACGGAAACAUGGGAUCUAAUCUCAGUAGAGUCAAGAGGAGUCUAACACACUAAUAAAACAGGUGUCUGUAGUGAUGUUGCCAUGUGCCAGCUGCCAUCUGCUCCCAUCCUUCUUUAUUCAGGACUGAUGUCCAGAUGGUGUGCCCCUCCAUGUGCGGUCCAGUUCAGCUCUCCCUGACCGUUUCAUGGGCCACGAACCCACCCAAGCAUCCACGGCCACUUGACUCAACCCCAGCACGCACUGUACGCCUCACCCUUAACCCCUCACCCCUGACCUUCACCCUCAACCCCUCACCUCCCUCUGUUUCACUCUCUGUCAAGCCUCUCCUCACAUUUUGACAAUCCUAAGCUUCCCUGAGCCCAACAUGGUGGCCCGCGUUCCCGCUCUAGUCUUGGUCAUGAUGUGUCGGGGCGUCUUGCUCUCUGUCGGAGACCCACCUCAGUCCCGCCGAGAGAUCCGCAUUGAGGGCGACCUGGUGCUCGGCGGCUUGUUCCCUGUGCAUGAAAAAGGUGCUGGGAUGGAGGAGUGUGGCCGUGUGAACGAGGACAGAGGGAUCCAGAGGCUGGAGGCCAUGCUGUUCGCUAUAGACAGAAUCAAUAAGGACAGUACUUUGCUGCCCGGGGUCUCCCUUGGUGUCCACAUCCUGGACACCUGCUCCAGAGACACCUAUGCACUGGAGCAGGCUCUGGAGUUUGUAAGAGCCUCACUCACCAAGGUGGACGACACAGAGUUCAUCUGUCCAGACGGAUCUUACGCUCUGCAGGACGACAGCCCGCUCGCAAUCGCUGGAGUCAUAGGAGGAUCCUUCAGCAGCGUCUCCAUACAGGUUGCAAACCUACUAAGGCUCUUCCAGAUCCCUCAGAUAAGCUAUGCGUCGACGAGUGCGAAGCUCAGCGAUAAAACCCGCUAUGAUUACUUUGCCCGCACGGUGCCCCCUGACUUCUAUCAGGCCAAAGCCAUGGCCGAGAUCCUCCGGUUCUUCAACUGGACAUACGUGUCCACCGUGGCAUCGGAGGGUGAUUAUGGUGAAACUGGUAUAGAGGCCUUCGAGCAAGAGGCGCGCAUGAGGAACAUCUGUAUCGCCACUUCAGAGAAGGUGGGGCGUUCUAACGCUAAGAAGUCCUAUGAAGCUGUGAUCCGUCAGCUCCUCCAGAAGCCGAAUGCUCGUGUGGCCGUCCUCUUCCUGCGCAGCGACGAUGCCAGAGAGCUGCUGGCAGCUGCUGCCAGGCUUAACACCUCCUUCAUCUGGGUUGCCAGCGAUGGCUGGGGUGCACAGGAAAGCAUUGUCAAGGGAAAUGAGGUCACCGCUGAAGGAGCCAUCACACUUGAACUGGCAGCCAAUCCCGUGCCAGAAUUCAACCGCUACUUCCUCAGCUUGAACCCGGUCAAAAACCAUCGUAAUCCCUGGUACAGGGAAUUCUGGGAGCAGCGGUUCCAGUGCUCCUUAGGUGGUGGAGGAACAGGAGGAGCUGGAGCUGUUGGACUGGGAGAGACAGCUCUCCUCCCACCGUGUGACAAGGACUUGUCAAUGGACAAGAGUAACUUUGAACCAGAGUCAAAGAUCAUGUUUGUGGUGAAUGCGGUGUACGCCAUGGCUCAUGCCCUUCAUCAUAUGCAACGGAGUCUGUGCUUCAACACCACCAAGCUGUGCGACAGCAUGAAGGCCUUGGACGGGCGCAGACUCUACAGGGAUUACAUCCUUAAUGUCAGCUUCACAGCCCCUUUCUCUCCACCGGGCAGUGAGACAGCAGUGAAGUUUGAUUCCCAGGGGGACGGCAUGGGCCGAUACAACAUCUUCAGCUACCAGCGCUCUAGCGAUCGUUAUGGUUAUGUGCCAGUAGGUGAAUGGGCAGAGAGUCUGAGUCUGAGCAGUGAUCUGAUCCACUGGCCCAGAGAAGUGGUGCCCACCUCACAGUGCAGUGACCCCUGUGAACGUAAUGAGAUGAAGAAAAUGCAGGCAGGUGAAUACUGCUGCUGGAUCUGUACAGCCUGUGAGCCUCAUGAAUACCUGGCUGAUGAGUUCACCUGCUCGCCCUGUGCUCCCGGCCAGUGGCCCACUGACGACCUGACAUCCUGUUAUGACCUCCCUGAGGACUAUAUUAUGUGGGAAGAUGCCUGGGCCAUUGGUCCAAUUACUAUCGCCUGUGUAGGGUUCAUGUGCACCGGCCUGGUGUUCUGGGUGUUUAUCCGACACAACAACACACCGCUGGUGAAAGCUUCAGGCAGGGAGCUAUGUUACAUUCUCCUCUUGGGAGUCUUCAUGUCCUACGCGAUGACUUUCCUCUUCUUAGCCAAACCCUCCCCUGCCAUCUGUGCCCUGCGGCGCCUCGGCCUAGGUACUUCUUUUGCUGUCUGCUACUCCGCCCUCCUCACCAAAACCAACAGAAUCGCCAGGAUUUUCAGUGGCGUGAAAGACGGAGCGGGUGCAGCGAGGCCACGCUUCAUUAGCCCGUCCUCUCAGGUGUUCAUCUGUCUGAGUCUAAUCUCCGUCCAGUUAGUGAUGGUGUCAGUGUGGCUGCUGCUGGAGGUUCCCGGGACACGGCGCUUCACGUUGCCAGAGCGACGGCAGACUGUCAUCCUCAAGUGUAAUGUACGGGACUCCAGCAUGCUGCUGUCACUGGGAUAUGACGUGCUCCUGGUCAUCCUGUGUACUGUGUAUGCCUUCAAGACCAGGAAGUGCCCAGAGAACUUCAAUGAGGCCAAGUUCAUUGGAUUCACCAUGUACACCACCUGUAUAAUUUGGCUGGCCUUUCUUCCCAUCUUUUAUGUUACAUCAAGUGACUACAGGGUUCAGACCACGACUAUGUGUAUCUCAGUCAGCCUGAGCGGCUUCGUGGUCCUGGGCUGUAUGUUUGCGCCUAAGGUCCAUAUAAUAAUGUUCCAGCCCCAGAAGAAUGUGACCAGCCACAGGCUUAACAUGAAUCGCUUCAGUGUCAGCGGGGCAGCCACCACAUACGCAUCUCAUGCUUCUGUCAGUGCCCACUACGUCCCAACCGUGUGCAACGGGAGAGAAAUUGUCGACUCCACUACUUCCUCUCUGUGACCACAUACAGUCCACUCUCUAAACCUGCCCCUGCGACUGUUAGCCAAUCCAUGAACAGUAUCUCCCUUCAACCAUCUUUCCCCACCUCAUACACACAAUAUACACACUCAUACACACACUAUACACACACUAUACACACUCAUACACAAAAACCCACACACACAUAUGUACACACACACCCAAAUACACGCACAAACAAACACACAACCUUCCUUGUGGACUAGAACUGUAUUGUUUCACAAAUGUAGAAAGUGUGUAACUAUAAUUAAAUUAUUUUCUAGGGAUGUACAUACAUGGAAUCGACAUUGUUGUAAGUAGAGAAACAAAAGAACAAAAAAAGUUUUUAGGAGGAAUUUUUGGAGCCUUUGUUUUUGAUAGCUUUGUUAUGAUGCGGUGUAAAUAGAAAUGUGCUUAAUCAUGGUAGGAGGGCGUGUGUGUCCCUCAGUCUGGAUGCACAUUUGUGGCUAUGCUUGCCUCACCUGCAAUAUCCCACAGACUUUUUAUUCUCAUGCUUUUUUGUAGGUCUCAUUGUUAUAACCGAUUAUGUAUGCAUUUCUAUUGUGUAUCUGUACAUUUGUAUAUUAUACUACUGAUGGUUCAAACAGCACAAUGUUACAGUCUUGUAACCCUAGAAUGAAUGUGGACAGAAGCAUAAACUGGAUAGGAUCUAGCGGCUGGAACGGACAUGUACAAAAAAAAAACAAAAAAAAAAUCCAUCAAACUAGUCAACUUACAGUUAUACUGUGCCAGAACACAAUUUUCAGUUUGAGAAUUCAUCUGAACGCAUCUUGAUAGAUGUGAUUUCCAUCCUAGAUCUGUAUAAAGAAAACCCAUUUUAGCUGUUUUUGUUUUUGCUUUUGAUACAAAUGUUCAUUUUUCUAUUUCUGAUCAUGGAAUCCCUUUAUCUAAAUGGCCAUAAUUCCAGACAUGUGUUCACCAAAGCAACACUAUGUUCACUCCCACUCUCAAACUCCUGUUUGCUUAGAGGGACUGCUGUAAUGGAUUGCUAAUAAUAACUAAUGGCAGGACUGAAAAGCACAGCAAAUGUAUUUCUUUUGCCUCAAAACUGUCAAUACAGACAGUGCUGGGAUAGUUCUGUCAAACCAAAACAAAUGGGUGUCUCACUCGCUUAUUAUGAAUUUGUACUCAAAUGACUCAAACGGUAAUGAAGGAAAACCGGCUGCUUUGCUGAACACAUGUUGAAUUUUUCCAACUACAGGGGAGUGGUAGCUUAUGUCUUUGUGCCCCACUGAUACGGUAUGUGGUGUUGUUUUGAAUUUGGCGAUGUGCCUUAAUGUAUGUUCGAUAGUGCUCCAGGCAGAGGUUGUAAAAAGGUCAGUUUUACAUUACCAGCUGCAAAUCCUUGUUUGGUAAAUGUAAAAGUGACCUCAGUAUAGAGUAUAUGUUUCAGGGCAACACUAUGCCGGUUAGUUUUAUUCCCUACCGAGCCUUCUGCUAUUGAUUGUUUACCUGAAAUGUUGAACCAGUGACUCUAAGGAAUUCUUAGGUUAAAAUUACUUUCUCUACCCCCCACCCCCUUGUCUUUCUCCAGUCUAUGGAGAAAGAAGUCUCCAGUCUUCAAAUGGAUAUUUCUGAUAGACUCCCAUCACACUGAUUUUAAGUUUUUUUUUAACACCUUAGCAGCUCCAAUAAAAGAAGGAAGGGGAAGAGAAGCUCAUAUACCAUUAAGAUGAAGUCUUUGACUCGUCGACCUACUGAAGUGUGCGGUUUACAUGCCUGUGUUAAAUGUGUUGACGUUGAGAGGCACGGUGGAGCAGCUGGCUUCGGCAGUCCCAGAGAGGCUCACAAGAGGAGGCAGAGCACACGGUGUCAGCUGCUGGCAGAUCCCGGCUAACAAAAGGAUGUUAGAGUAGGACUCAUAUGCAUAACAUACAUAACACUUAUCAAAACAUUCAUACCCUUCAAACUCUCUGUCUCUGGCUGGAAAUGUGACAAACUCUCUGCUGCAGGGGGGAAUAAAUGAUGAAAACGCAUAUGAAUAAAGUUGUUCUAAGGAAAUCUAAAUAGCUUAAAUUAGUGGACUAAUUUCACAUUUCAGGAUAUUUCAUUUUAAAGAGUGGCCUCUUGUGCAAGAAUUUAUUGCAUUUAGGAUGGUAGUAAAUUAUUGUUAGACUGAUCUUAAAUGGUCACAUACUAUAAUAUGUUGUCUAACAUAAAGUGUUACUGUUAUACUUGAUAUUUCUAACAAGAUAUUUUGAUCAGAAUCACUUAUUUGCUUCAACAGACAAGCAUUUUAAAUCUGUUUUCUCCAUGUAAAAAAAAUCACACAGUAGGUGGAGGCAGAACUGUUGAACAUUCAUCUGCUGACCGGACUCCAACAGCACCCUGAGAUUAUCACAUUGAAUGAUAGAUUGGGAGAAUUUUAGAGGAUGCGCCAAGGCGAAACCGACCUACAUUGGGGCGUGUGUGUUAGGCGCAGAGAGCAGGAGGGAGAAAGCGAUGUGGCAGAGCAGAGGGGAGCUGCCGCUGGAUUAUGUAAAGCACUCCCACAGCCCAGAAGUCACAGUGCUUCUAUGGAAGCUCAAAGCAUCUCAGAGAUUCACAGUCUUUGUUAGCAGACGGCUUAGCCAUUCACUCAGUGGUCCUGCUCCCACAAGAUACACCCCGCAUGGCAGGUUGCUAUGGACAACCACCGCCACAUCCGCUGCUGGAAUGUGUGUUUGUCUGCAUGGAGAGGAGGGUGGGAGGAGGGGUGAGGAGAGGGCAAAAGAAGAGGAAUAGAAAGAGGAAAAAACGGGUUGCUGGUUCUGAUUCAAAUUGGCAGUGACUGAUGAGAUUUGGCUCAGCAAGGCCCAGUACUCUACUCCCAGCUUUUAAUGGCCGCACAAAUAGAGCACUUAACCCUGAUUCUCCUCUCACUUAGUCCGGGGACUAGUCUCGGACAACAGUCUCACACUCUCCCACUGACCCUCUCCUUCUCAAUCCGCCUUACCCCUUCAACCUUUCCCCUGCCACCUCAUCUCCACUCGAUGUGUGAAACUUGCUGAUGAGUUGGUCUCAGCCAGGACCACCUAAGCCACACCAACAGAUUGGUAGCCCACACGGACACUGAAGGACUCAGAUCUGUGUGCCUGCUGCAGCACAUGCCAACGAGGCAGCCUUGAGGAGGUUGGAAAAAGGGAUGAGGGGAGGGCAGAUAAAGGAGCUGGAGAGUGUAUGGGAAAAUGAAAAUGGGAUUCAGAUGUAAAGGAAAUGCAUCACUUUGAAAUACAUCACCUUUCUCACUACACUACACUACAGUUUAUCAUCUCAUGCACUCACUAACUCCCUGGAAUCUUCCUUAAUUGGCUUUACUCAUGAAUAUCCCUUUCAAACAGCAAGCCAUCGACUACGGACAUUGUCCCUGUAUUCAGCCUCUGCCAACUGCCAUGUGCUCUACAAAGGUCUCUGUGCUGUAGCCCCCGCUAUAUAACAGAAUGUGUCCUUGGCCUCUGGGCUUUGAAACAAGACAAGAUCUCUGCAGCGAAAUGAAGCUGUGGUCGAGCUGAACUCUGGAACUGGCCAGUCACAAAGCAAUAGUUCAGUGUUUAUGAUACGUGCAAUAACGAGGCUGUGAUGACAUCAUAAUAAAUAACAACAAGCAAACAG